GUAAUAAUUUGAAAGAGCAAAUAUCUUCCAAUAAAUAAAUGUGGAAAGAAAAAGAAAAUGCAGACCAUAAUGUAGAUUAACUUUCUUGGACGGCCCAAUUUAAGAACAUAAACUUGGACUGGGCCCGUCACUGGUCAUUUUAGAAUGGGCUCGUUUCGCAAACCCUAGCCAUCUGUGCAUCUGACAUUUGUAUCCCUUUGAUAUAAAUUCCUCGAAUCACACUUCCAAAACCCUAUUUCUUGAGCAGCUGUUGCCGUUGAAACCUCUAUCCGCCCCUUGCAGCCUCCCGACGGUUAGAAGCAAAAGAAAAUCAAAAUGGCGUACGCAGCGAUGAAACCCACAAAGCCUGGUUUGGAGGAGCCGCAGGAGCAAAUUCACAAGAUCAGGAUCACACUGUCUUCCAAAAAUGUGAAGAAUCUCGAGAAAGGUGCUCACUUUUUUUUUCAUAAUUUCACGAUUUGUGUUAAGUAUUUGCUUCUUCGAGGAGUUGGUAUUUCGAUCGGGGUAUUGUUGCUGUUUUUUUUUUUUUUGGUUAGACCUAAAAGGUAUGGGUAGUAAUUAUGCUGAUUUUUGUUUUCCUUUCUCAUAUAGUGUGUGCUGAUUUGGUCCGUGGUGCCAAGGACAAGAGACUCAGGGUUAAGGGUCCCGUGAGGAUGCCCACCAAGGUUCUUCAUAUUACCACUAGGAAGUCUCCUUGUGGUGAAGGAACCAACACCUGGGACAGGUUUGAGCUUCGUGUUCACAAGCGGGUGAUUGACCUGUUCAGCUCACCUGAGGUAGUUAAGCAAAUCACCUCCAUCACCAUUGAACCAGGUGUAGAAGUUGAAGUUACAAUUGCGGAUUCUUAAGAAUGGUUCUUCUCCUUUUGUUAUGGCUAGACUUUUAAUAUGAGGAUUCUGUUGGCAAUGAAUUUUGUUUUGAGAUUUUAAGUGGAGUUUCCUCUUAUACGCUUAAUGUAUUGAAUGUCUUCUGUUUAAUGGUGGAUUAGUACAAACAGAAUUAGUAUGAUUUUAUUUCUAGCGAUGCAGUUUCUAAAGUGUACUUUGGAAGGUUUUCUUUUCCUUCUGGGCAACGGAACAAUCUACUGCUUUCUGUGUUCCGCAUGUAUCCAUAUACAUGUCUUUUCUGUUUGUUGGAAUGCUUUUACUGUGGUCAGUGUGGAUUGCACUCUAUUAUGCCCUGCUGGGUUAGCUCAAGUGCUUCAUUUGCUAGCACUUGUAGAGGGCUCACCUUUUGCUUAUUCCUUGCUAAUGAGUUAGCUGGCAUUUUCAGAGUUGAUGUCUUAUCUUUUAACAAAUAGCUGAAGUUAGGCUGCACAUUGUAGUAGACUUGGAAAUGUAGUUCGAGUCCCCAGGUAUUUUUGCAGACUUUUCUUCAGUUUGUGUUAUGAAUCAUUUGGAAUAUUAAAUGUUUCUAUGUCUGCAUCAUCAAAUAGCUCAAUUUAGUCCUUGCAGUUUAACCCGCGAGGCUAACUUUAAUCCGGAAGACUCAAUGUAGAAUCCUAAUACUCAUUCAGUAAAUAUUUCAUUUGGAUCGUUUUGCGAAUAUUUCAAUGCCAGUUUCUUUUUUGAUCUCCAUAUCUCAAUAAUUCCUCCUUCGUACCAUCAUCUUUAUACAGAAUUGACCCUUGAGUAAGUUUGAAAAAGUCCAUUUCUUCUGAUCUUUCGGGUCAUAGUUGUCUGAUAUGCAGC